UGACGUUAGUUUUCUAAGGCAGGAUGGCAGCUGAACGGGUCGGAAAGGUACAGCAACGCAGUCUGUAACAUAACCAACAAUCAUCACAAACUCCCGUUUUAAAGAGAAGGACCGACAGAUUUCGCUAAGGGACUCCUUUUGUACCAACCGGCGGAGGUGUUUGAGUUAAUCGGCGGACGGUAACCUUUAACCUUGCGGAUAUUUUGUGUUCUUUUUCACCAAGAGAGAAAAAGAUCCGUGUCCGGAUGUGCCAGCAGUAACGUUAUUGGGUUUUUCGCAUGGCGUAGGCACCUUUUCUAAAGCAGGAUAUUCUUGAUGUUUGGAGGGUCGGAGGAGGCCCUCGGGUCGACAGAUUAUCACGCUAACAUUAACUAUACCUCAGAAUUUCCCAAUUUGUGUGGAAAAUGAUCAACGAAAUGAUUGUGCAAUAGAGAGAAGGAAGCGUCGUAAAACGUCUUGACUACCUCGGUGUAGUGACUGUGGAGAGAGCAAGUCACCGGGAAUACAUUGUGUUUUUGUUUCCUGCUCUAAACCAUAAAAAAAACGUUUGUUGAGCUCCAACAAGGAAGACGAAAAGGGGAUAUUUGUGUUCUCAUCUUGUGUUGUGUGUGUGUGAACCCCUCCGAGGACCGGGCAAAACCUUCACGAUGACGGGCAGCACCCCAGCGGACAUGAUAAACCUGCGGCUUAUUUUAGUCAGCGGAAAGACGAAAGAAUUCUUCUUCUCUCCCAAUGACUCAGCAGCGGACAUUGCCAAACACGUCUAUGACAACUGGCCAAUGGACUGGGAGGAAGAGCAGGUCAGCAGUCCUAACAUCCUGAGGCUGAUCUACCAGGGCCGGUUUCUACAUGGCAACGUAACACUAGGAGCUCUCAAACUGCCCUUGGGGAAGACCACAGUGAUGCAUUUAGUUGCCAGAGAGACUUUGCCUGAGCCAAAUUCCCAAGGUCAGAGGAAUAGAGAGAAGACCGGGGAGAGUAACUGCUGUGUCAUUCUGUAAAUACACACCACCGCCACCUGCCCUCCAUCCUUCUCAUCCAUUCUCGCCCUGAACAUCCUGGACCGAAUGAGCUUGUCCCCUGUCCUGGAGCCUGUCCACAAUGCAGAUAUGCAUAUGGACAAACGCAUACUCUUUGCUUUUUCUUCCCCCACCUCCCCGCCCCUCUCUCACACACACAUAGAAAGGCAGCAGGCUCAGCCCGAUUCAAGGCACAGAGUUGGGAGCAGGAAAUUGAUUAAUGAUAGAGUUGAUUCCUUUGUUGUACUUGAUUUGUUGUCAUAACUGAAAAUUAGUGGAAGGAACUGGAUUUGUAUGUGGGUGUUUUUGUUCUUAAUGCAAACCUUUUUAAGCCUUCUGCCACACACACAUACCGUACAAUAGACACACACCUUAUCUAGCCAUCCUCAGCCAGUCUGUUAAAAGGCAGUUUCUAACUGCCUCCCCAUUCUAGCUGGUUGUCAUAUUAAUGCAGUGCCCAAGUUUGUGUGUGGCCUUGUUUUAUAAUACAGACCGCUGAUCAUUUUAACCACUAACGACUCACCUACACACACACACACACACACACACACACACACACACACACACACACACACACACACACACACACACACACACACACACACACACACACACACACACACACACACACACACACACACACACACACACACACACACACACACUAUGACAUCUUGUCCACACAUCCAACCAUAUGUGCUUGUGGGAUCUCCCUCAGUGCAGUAGACAAAGCUUAGACGUGCCUGAUCAGAGAACUGAAAGCAGGACAAAAAAACUAAACAAACACAAACCUAUAUACGCACCUGUGUCCUCUUUACUGCCCUCCUCUGUAUGUGCCCUUAAAGGCCACAAGAGAGACAUUAUUAUUUUAUGUCUGCAGAGCGCUGUAUACCGAACACAUCCUACUCUCUCAGUCGACACAUUCUUAGCCAAACAAAGCCUAACAAACAAACAAAUAGACAAACAACCAGUCAGUGUUGGUGGUUUUGUUUUGGUUAUUUGUUUGUCCUUGACAUUUGUGACUGUGUUUUGACAGUCCACGCAUAUUACUGACCGACCAGUGUUGUGAUUAAUAAAACGUCAUGUCAGUUUUCUUCCCUCCCUGGUGCACCAUAUGCUCAUUGUGCUCCUUUUUUUAACCGUGUUGUGCAGGAUCUCUCUGACUGAUUGCUGUCCAAGCAGGGAAAUGAACUUUUUGUCUUAAUUCGCUUCCUACUCUCUCCUUAAUUCUUUCUCUCUCUGCAUUAAUAAGUCCAUUUUGCACAACUGAUGCAUGUGGUCCCUUAUCAGAUUAAAAAAAUGUAUAAAACGUUUUAUUUUAUUUUAUAUUUUUCCAAUGGAAGUAAUGCUCCAAACUAAGGUAACAUGUAGAAUAUAUUUAAUAUGAAUCUUAUAUAGAACAUGAUGACUCUAGAUCCUGUUGAUAUACAGUAUAUUGGUGUUUAGUCUAUGAUUGUGUGUACGGUUAGCUUCUAGCCAGUUCACAGUCACUCGCUGACAAUGUCUUGUGCUUAACAGCGGCAAAACCUCCCUCAUCAUCGACAGACUAUUUUUAUUUUCAUUCUUCUGUGCUCUUUUAUUAUUAUUUUUUCAUUUGUUUAUAAUUUCAUGUAAUCCUUUUUUUCCCCCUUUGCUUUAAAGAAUCGCUUUGUAACAGCACUAGGUCUUAAAAAAAAUAUUGUUUAUAUUGAUCAGGGUUCAAAUCUGUACAGAGAUAAACGUUUUCAAACCAAUUGUAAAUAGCACUAAUGCUCCCUCUCCCCCCUUCAAACUUCAAAAUGGAAUACAUCUGUAAACUAAAUAAAGGUUAUUGAAGUGCG